AAGAUGGCAGACCAAGACGUGCGACAACGCUUACUCUCUGAGCGAGAGGAAGCCAAUGUCAAAUGGGACCCACAAAGCUUACCUUUGAAGGCGAAACUUAAACUAGCGAGAAAAGCUAAUGAAGACCCAACGUAUGUGCGAGUACUGGAGGUCUUGAUGGUGAUAUUUACUGUGGUUGGCGCUCUUUACUGCUGGUUCUACUUUGACAACGUUCACUUCCACGUCACUCACGCUUACGCCCAUCUUGGAUACGACGUUGCACAGCACCAAGUAGGACAAAGAUAUCUGCAUGGAAAAGGAGUUGAAAAACACCCGGAUAAAGCGAUGGAGUGGUUCAAGAAAGCCUCUGACCAGGGUCAUCCUCAUGCUGCUUAUAACUUAGCUGUUGGUCACCUCAAGGGCUACAAGACAGAGCUGAGACCAGGGGAGUCUCACAGACUGAUAACACAUGCGGCUGCCAACGGUGUUCGAGAGGCCCACGACGUGCUCAACUCUGUCUGUACCAAAGGGGGCUGCUACUGACACGACUGCCUCCGCUUCACUGUCGCUGCUCUAUGAAAAUGUCACUGUUAUAGAUCUGGUGCCCCUUAAAAAUUAUAUGCUGAUUUGAUUUUAUGUUGUGAUCCUUAUUUAUUUCUGUACAUGCAAGUCUUUUCUUAACCCUCGUAGCGCUCCGGGCGACAAAAUUCGCCUCCCCUCUCUCACUCCGCUGAGCGCACGAGGCGACUAUAAUCGCCAACGGGCGGGCCUGCUCCCAAGCGCGCGAGGCGACUAUUGUCGAUUUAGGGGAACACCUUAUUUUUGGAGCAAAUAGCGUCACCUUUCGAUGCUAUUAUUAGUUCUGUAAUGGAAAAUUUUACUCUAGAAUGGUUCAACCAAUCAAAAUCAAGGAAAAAAUAACCCAGGGGUCUAGGCACUGCGUGCCUUCGUGGGUUCUGUUAGGGAUAGACUCUAUAUAAUGUUUAUUUAGGUCAAUUACCCUGUAGCGCUGAACAGUGAAUGAUUGGUUUCAUUAACAGCUUUCCCUUUUUUAUUUUGAAAAACCAUACCCCUGGAAAGUGAAGUCUUUUCUGAAUUUAUAAAUUGUCUAGGGUUUUGGUGAAUGUAUGCGUGCAUACUGUCAAGAUACAAAAUGAAACAAUAACAUUCCCCGCGUGGGCCUCAAACAACCCGGCCAGCGCUCUGGGGCAGGUCACAAACGGUCAAGGCUAAGCGAACCCGGCACGGAGCCCGCUCAGCGCUUCCGGUAAGCGCUACGAGGGUUAAGAGCUUACUCUUUGUGUUAGAGAAAUGAUCUCAUAGUCAAUACUCAGCGUUAGCUUGGUACAAGACAAAUGUGAUGAUUGUUGAUAUGAAAAGUUCUGAUAUGACAAAGACUGAUGGUAUGAUUAUUUCAUUUUCUGUGAAGCUCAAAAUAACUGUGCUGCCAAAGGUUAGAGCAGGUUCAGCUGUACCGGUACUUGAAAAUUUCAGCGUCAUAGAUUUUUACUUUAUGUCAAGUAGGCAGUCUAGAAGUUUUGGACUUUUGAAUGCUUCAUGAAUUCAACUCGAUGCAAGAUUAUAUUUUUAGAGACAAAUUUCGUUUUGAGUUUUAUAACUUGUUCAGUAACGAACAGUUAAGUUUGAACUUCAAUGGGGGGGAAAAAACACUCUUAGCAAAGCUACUUAAUUUUUUCUCUUUUGGGUAUUCUAAGCUCCAGCAACCGUCAACACCAAUUUUUAAGAUGUUUAAUUGAUUAUGAGGGGAUAAGUCUUUACUCAUUCAAGAUCAGAAGGUAUCUUGAGGUCAUUGAUUUUCCACUAUAAGUUUGACCUUUUUUGUUCAAAAAGUCAUAGCUGCUGCUGCUAUUUUUAUAAUUUGAUUAUAAUAAGAGACAUUUUUAUUAAUUUUGUUCUAUGUGUAACACUUACUAUUUUGUUUCACUUAAAGGACAAGUUUCUUUAAACACUGCAAAACUUAAUACUGUUACUCAUGUACAUUUGAUUUUUUUUUAAAGUGCAAGUUCUCUCCCA